CCCGUCGGACCAGCAAUGCCUCCACAGCCCUCGAAGCGCAGUCGCGACGACCAAGACGACCGCGCGCCCAGCCCAGACGCCAGCGAGAAGCGCCGCCGCGUAGCCGGACCAGCGUCGCCUCGGCCCCCGCGCGCAGCAAGGCCAGCACGCGUCAUGGGGCCUGCAGCACCGCCCGCCCCUCUCGACCAGCUCCCGCACGACUCGGACAGCAGCGACGACGACUCGGACAGCAGCGACGACUUUGGGCCUGCGCCUCCUCCCGCAGGCGCUACAUGCAAUGCCAGCGCACACCAGGACGACAAGCCUGCCAAGAGCGCAUUCGACACGGACCCGCACUUUGCAGAAGCGCCGAAGAAGGCGCAGAGAGACGACUGGAUGACCAUGCCGCCGACGCAGGACGACCUCGCCGCGCGCCUGGACCCCACAAAGCAGCGCGCGCGAAAGUUCAACUCAGGCAAGAGCGCGGCCGGCGGCGGAGGCAUGAGCAGCGCGUGGACCGAGACGCCAGAGCAGAAGCUCAAGCGCCUGCAAGACGAGGCCAUGGGCAUCACGACUGCGUCCGCGUCGUCCAACGCAGGUCCGUCGUCAGGGCAUGCGAAGAGCAGAGACGACGAGCGCCGAGCGCGCAAGAUGCGUGAGAAGAUCGAUGCGGCUAGGGGGAAGAGUCUGGUCGAGCAGCACCAGAGUAAGGCGAAGAUCGAGGAGGACGACCCGAGCAAGCGCGUCUUUGACUACGAGAAGGACAUGGCCGUGCAGGGGAAUCUGAAUCACAAGCAGAAGCGCGAUGUGCUGAGCAAGAGCAAGGGCUUUGGAGACCGCUUCUCGAGCGGCAGCUUUCUCUGA